AUGUCAGAUCCAAACAAAGCUGCCAUUGCAGCAGAAAAGGAAGCUCUGAAAUUGAAGUUACCCCCCAUUGUCCAUCCCCCAGAUGACAUAGGUGUUGACACACCAACACAAAGUAAGCUGCUAAACUACAGAAGAUCCAAGGAGCAGCAGAAGAAAAUUAAUCAGUUAGUAAUUGAUGGAGCCAAAAGAAACUUAGACAGAACACUGGAUAAAAGAACACCUUCAUUACCAGAGCCCGAUUAUCCUUCAACUAUGACCAGUGAAAUUAAAAAAAAAGGAUUCAACUAUAUAUAUAUGAAACAAUGUGUAGAAAGUAGUCCUAUAGUACCUAUUCAGCAGGAAUGGCUGGAUCACAUGUUAAAGCUGAUACCUGAGUCUUUAAAGGAAGGGAAAGAAAGAGAAGAACUCGUUGAAAGUCUCAUAAGUGAGGUUUCAAGUGACUUUGAAAACAGCAUGAAAAGAUACUUGGUGCAGAGUGUUCUUGUUAAACCACCGGUUAAAUGGCUUGAAGAUGAAGGAGGCCCUUUACCCGAAUCCCCUGUAGGCCUAGAUUAUUCUAAUCCUUGGCAUUCUAGCUAUGUGCAGGCAAGAAAUCAAAUAUUGUCUAAUUUGCACAUUGUUCAUCCAACUAUGAAAAUGUUACUGGACCUUGGUUAUACAACAUUUGCUAAUACAGUUUUGCUGGACUUAACAGGAAUUAGAGCUAAAGGUCCAAUAGAUUGUGAAUCACUGAAAAGUGAUCUAUCAAUACAAGCUAGAAAGGCAGAAGAGAAGAUAAUGAAUGCAUGGUAUCCAAAGGUUAUAAAUCUCUUUACCAAGAAGGAGGCACUAGAAGGCAUUAAACCUGAAAAAUUGGAUGCAUUUUAUAACUGUGUUUCCACACUUAUGUCAAAUCAGUUAAAGGAUCUCUUAAGGAGAACUGUAGAAGGAUUUGUAAAACUGUUUGACCCACAAAAUCAAAAAAGUCUGCCAAUAUUUAAGAUGGAAUUGACAUUUGAUGAAGAUAAAAUAGAAUUUUAUCCUACCUUUCAAGAUUUGGAAGAUGUUGUUUUAGGUUUGGUAGAGCGAAUAGCUGAAGCUCUGAAGAAUGUCCAAACAAUACCCUCUUGGCUAUCAGGAACUUCCACACCUGUAAAUCUUGACACAGAACUUCCUGAACACGUGUUACAGUGGGCUCUUAGUACACUGAAGGUGGCGGUACAUCAGAACUUAGAAGGUGCAAGAAAACAUUAUGAGAUGUAUGUUGAAAAAUAUAAUUGGCUCCUUGAUGGGACUGCAGUUGAAAUGAUAGAAGCUUUCCAGGCAGAAGAUCAUACUUUUGAUGAAUACACAGAGUAGUUGGGUUGCUGGGUGGUAUGGGAAAUACAUGUUUAA